UCGUCCUGGGACAUUUUACAACAGGCACGCAGAUGAAGUUCAUGGGCUUGUCUCUGUUGAUGCAACAGGUGGGGCAGGCAGCGGCGAGAAAGAGGUCGCUACGCACUUGCUUUGCUUCAUUUUUGUUGGACUUUCUACGCACUACAGAAUACCUGUUGGAUAUUUUUUCACACGGGCUUUGACAGGAACACAGCUGCAUGCAAUCACAACAAACAUCCUGCAGACUGUAGAAAGAGCUGGAUUUAAGGUCUUGCGCAUUGUUGCAAACAAUCAUCCCACGAAUAGGAAACUUUUCUCUAUCCUGUGCAACGGCGCUAUUGUCCCCGUUAUGAAGUACGUCUUCAGCUUAAAUUGUACUAUUACACACUGCAAAUCUUACAUAUUGCAAUUUGGCUUGCAGGCAGCCGCUAGAUGGGGAAAGACCACUGUUCUUGUCUUUUGACUAUUGCCAUAUAAUGAAAAAUGUCCGAUCACAGUUUUUGGCACCCAACAGACUGUUUUGCAACAACGGAAAGUUUCUGGACCCAAAGUACUUAAGAAUGCUCCUAGAAAUUCAGCAGAAGCAGAAUGGCUUCAAACUUGUACGUGGCCUAACUCGGAAGCACCUUUUUCCGAACAACCUAGAGAAAAUGAACGUCAAACGUUCUGUAGACAUAUUCAAGCCUGAGGUCACUGCAGUGUUGAGGUAUCUGCUGAAUUAUGGACACCACGUUGGGAUCUCUGGGUUCGGCGCAAGCCUUCCGACAAUUGAAUUUCUUGAAAUAAUCUUCAAGUGGUUCACCUUGCACAACAUAAAGAGCACAAAUUUCCACAUCUUCAGUCGUGACCCAAUGAGAAUGCCAUUUUACUGUGAGAAUGAUGAAAGGCUCUCUUGGCUCGAGGACACCUUUCUGGCAUACAUCAAUCAGUGGAAGCAAGCAGCACCGGCUAACACAGCUUUCUUGUCACCUGAGACUUAUGAAGCAUUGCAUGUGACCACAAAUGCCACUGUGCUCUGCACUCGCUACUUGCUGUCUCAUGGCUUUAAAUAUGUCCUAACCUUUAAGUACUCCUCUGACGAAGUAGAGUCUUUGUUUUCUGCCAUACGGCAACUGAUUGGAUCAAAUGACCAGGCAGAUGCAUACGCCGCUUUGUCAGCUCUGCACAAAAUUGUGGUGACUGGACUUAUCAAGCCCUCUGCGAGUGCCAAUGUUCAAAACUCGGACUUUCAGCUCUCUGAUCUGCUCAAAGCACCUUCAAGUCCUGUGCCACAGGUGCCACGUGCUAAUGCUGAAGCAACACUGCUGCCAUAUUUGGGUCAACUUAAGACAACACCAGCGGCACCAUGUCCAGGAAUUAAAGCAGCUACCGUCGCUCUUAUUGGUGGAUACCUCGUCAAAGUCAUAGAGGAGAAGAUCAACUGUGCUGGGUGCCUUGAGCGAUUUAAAUGUGAAGCUCAGAGUGGACCUACUGUAGCUGUGAUUAACAACUUGGACCGCGGGAGCCUUUCGUAUCCAAGCCCACAGUUUGUUAGCUUUUUAGUGACGCUCGAAAGUGCAGCUAGUAGCAUAAGGCACCUGCUUCUAGAAACACCAAAGCCACUCAGUUGGUUCGUCAGUAAGGUGUCACCUGCAGUGCAUGAAAAUGCCCUGUUCACAUGUGCCACUGACGUAAGUGAUGCGCAUAAAACAAUGCUGGUGCAGACGGUUCUCGAAAAGUUUGUGCGGCCGUUCCUGACAAACAUAAGCGCCCACAUUACCCAAGAGAGCCAAAAAAAGAAGGUUCUGCACAACAAACCACUUUCUAGAAAAGUGUUGAAGCUUUAGAAUUCUGUUACAUA